AAACAGAUUUCGUCUUUAGAAAAUAAAUUUUUUUUUAUUUUAUCCUGGUGUAUUAUGUCGUGCCAGUAAAAAAAAAAACUUUGCCGAGAUAUGCGGUCUCACUGCUGCUUGUAAAUUAAUAAUUAACGAGACAAUCGGCUUAGCAGCGUCCAGAAUACCGCAUUAGAAUCAGCUCCUUCAACAACGGAAUGGAGGAUCCAGAAAAGGAGGACCUGCUGGCCUUCGAGCGUCGGCUGGCUGAGGUGGUAAACACCGAGAAACGGAGCUCAUUCCGCUGGCGCCUUGUGCUGGGUGCCAUCUUCGCCUGUUCGGCGAUCAGCGCCUGCCAUUGGGUUCGGUAUGCCAAGGAAAGCGAGUCGGUGGUGUUCCAAAUCCUGUCCAGUCACAGCGCCUUUGCCUUCUCCCUGGCAACCAUCUGCCUGCUAAUCUUGUAUGGAUUCAAUCACGCCGUUAAGCAGGACCCCACCAUUCUUCGUGACACCAGAGAAAUGCUGUCUCCGUUCCGUCUCAACAUUGAUAACCAGGGACGUCUUAUCCUAGUUCCACCGCAGACAGAAUAGAUAUAGAGUGGAUAUGCAUCCCCAACAACACACUGUCGUUGACAUCCCAAUAAACUCUCCUUGAAAAAGA